AAAUUCGAAUUUUAUAGGUAGAAAAAUGGUUGUUGGCGCAUUUCCAAUAGCGAAACUCGGCAUGUUGGGUAUAAAGCACAUAAGCAAGCCCAUCGGUAAUCUAAUCAAGCAGACAGCGAAAAAGAAUGAGAGCUUUAAGAAGUUUGUCGUUUCACCACCGGCUCGUUUAUAUCAUACAAUCGAUGUGCGUUCGAAGAUGUGGAUGCUGGGUCUGGGCCAACCAGAUUUCAUUCCGCCGCUCACAGAGGCGAUGACUAUUCAAAUGGGCGGUGAUAUUCUCGGAGAGCUAUUUAUUUUCCUUAUAGGAGUUUUACUCAUAAUGGGAGAAGUUUCCAGGCAAGCUAAGAAGGACCAAAAAAAGCACGAAGCCCAUCGCCUCCGUCGAGCAGAAUUAGAAUCGCGUAUUACAAAUUUAACGGAAAAGGUAAACCGUCAAGAACAGGAAAUCAAUCGUCUAAAACAUUGGGUAUAGCACUGAAUGGCGUAAGUAGUUCAAAUUUCCGUUUAAAAAUGGUGAUUGGCAGAUUUCCGUUGGGAAAAAUUGUUGUGUUCGGAAUGAAGCGGGCCAGCUCACCCUUUACUAAGCUUCUAUUGCAUGUUGGAAAACACUAUCCAGUCUUUCGACGUACGGUCAUCCAUCCUCCAGGACAACUAUACCAUGUCAUGGAAACUCGCUCUAAGAUGCGAAUGCUGCAUCUUCCCCAGCCCCGAAAAA